AUGGGGAAAGGGGAAGGACGCGAAUCGGCACCCCCCGGCGCGACUGCUGAGAAUGGCGGCGGGAAGAAGAAGCAGAAGGAGAAGGAGCUGGACGAGCUGAAAAAAGAGGUCAACCUGGAUGACCACAAGCUGUCCCUGGACGAGAUCAGCAGGAAGUAUCAAGUGGACCUGUCCAGGGGCUUGAGCAACGCUCGGGCCGCCGAGAUCCUCGCCCAGGACGGCCCCAACGCGCUGACACCCCCUCCCACCACGCCGGAGUGGGUCAAGUUCUGCCGGCAGCUCUUCGGAGGCUUUUCCAUCCUCCUGUGGAUCGGAGCCAUCCUCUGCUUCCUGGCCUACAGCAUCCAGGCUGCCAUGGAGGACGAGCCGGCCAACGACAACCUCUACCUGGGGGUGGUCCUGGCAGCGGUUGUCAUUGUCACCGGCUGCUUCUCCUACUACCAGGAGGCCAAGAGCUCGAAGAUCAUGGACUCCUUCAAAAACAUGGUGCCCCAGCAAGCGCUUGUGAUCCGGGAGGGCGAGAAGAUCCAGAUCAACGCGGAGAACGUGGUGGUGGGGGACCUGGUGGAGGUGAAAGGCGGAGACCGAGUCCCGGCGGACCUGCGGAUCAUCUCCUCCCACGGCUGCAAGGUGGACAACUCCUCCCUGACGGGCGAGUCGGAGCCGCAGACCCGCUCCCCGGAGUUCACGCACGAGAACCCGCUGGAGACCCGCAACAUCUGCUUCUUCUCCACCAACUGCGUGGAAGGCACGGCCCGGGGCAUCGUCAUCUCCACGGGGGACCGAACCGUGAUGGGCCGCAUCGCCUCACUGGCCUCCGGGCUGGAGGUGGGCCGCACCCCCAUCGCCAUGGAGAUCGAGCACUUCAUCCGCAUCAUCACCGGGGUGGCCGUCUUCCUGGGCAUGUCCUUCUUCAUCCUCUCCCUCAUCCUGGGCUACACCUGGCUGGAGGCCGUCAUCUUCCUCAUCGGCAUCAUCGUGGCCAAUGUGCCGGAGGGGCUGUUGGCAACCGUCACGGUGUGCCUAACGCUCACGGCCAAGCGCAUGGCGCGCAAGAACUGCCUGGUGAAGAACCUGGAGGCCGUCGAGACGCUGGGCUCCACCUCCACCAUCUGCUCCGACAAGACGGGCACCCUCACCCAGAACCGCAUGACGGUCGCCCACAUGUGGUUCGACAGCCAGAUCCACGAGGCCGACACCACCGAGGACCAGUCCGGAGCCACCUUCGACAAGCGCUCCCCCACCUGGACGGCCCUGGCCCGCAUCGCAGGUCUCUGCAACCGGGCCGUCUUCAAGGCAGGCCAGGAAAAGGUCCCCAUCUCGAAGAGGGACACGGCCGGCGACGCCUCCGAGUCCGCACUGCUGAAGUGCAUCCAGCUCUCCUGCGGGUCCGUCAAGAAGAUGCGGGACAAGAACCCCAAAGUGACGGAGAUCCCCUUCAACUCCACCAACAAGUACCAGCUCUCCAUCCACGAGCCAGAGGACAAGCCCCACGGCUACGUGCUGGUGAUGAAGGGGGCUCCCGAGCGGAUCCUGGACCGCUGCAGCACCAUCCUCCUGCAAGGGCAGGAAGUGCCGCUCGACGAGGAGAUGCGCGACGCCUUCCAGAACGCCUACCUGGAGCUGGGCGGGCUGGGCGAGCGCGUGCUGGGCUUCUGCCACUACUACCUGCCCGAAGAGCAGUUUCCGCGCGGCUUUAAGUUCGAUGUGGACGAGCUGAACUUCCCCAUCACCAACCUCUGCUUCGUGGGGCUCAUGUCCAUGAUCGACCCCCCGCGGGCCGCGGUGCCGGACGCCGUGGGGAAGUGCCGGAGCGCCGGCAUCAAGGUGAUCAUGGUGACGGGCGACCACCCCAUCACGGCCAAGGCCAUCGCCAAGGGGGUGGGCAUCAUCUCCGAGGGGAACGAGACCGUGGAGGACAUCGCGGCCCGGCUCAACAUUCCAGUCAACCAGGUGAACCCCAGGGAAGCCAAGGCCUGCGUGGUGCACGGCUCCGACCUCAAGGACAUGCCCGCCGAGCACCUGGACGAGAUCCUGAAGAACCACACGGAGAUCGUCUUCGCGCGCACCUCCCCACAGCAGAAGCUCAUCAUCGUGGAGGGCUGCCAGCGGCAGGGGGCGAUUGUGGCGGUGACAGGGGACGGGGUGAACGACUCCCCGGCCCUCAAGAAGGCGGACAUCGGCAUCGCCAUGGGCAUCGCCGGCUCCGACGUCUCCAAGCAGGCCGCCGACAUGAUCCUCCUGGACGACAACUUCGCCUCCAUUGUGACAGGGGUGGAGGAAGGACGCCUGAUCUUCGACAACCUGAAGAAGUCCAUCGCCUACACUCUGACCAGCAACAUUCCAGAGAUCACCCCAUUCCUGCUCUUCAUCAUCGCCAACAUCCCGCUGCCGCUGGGCACCGUCACCAUCCUGUGCAUCGACCUGGGCACCGACAUGGUCCCGGCCAUCUCCCUGGCCUACGAGGCUGCGGAGAGCGACAUCAUGAAGAGGCAGCCCCGCAACCCCAAGACGGACAAACUGGUCAACGAACGCCUCAUCAGCAUGGCCUACGGGCAGAUCGGCAUGAUCCAGGCGCUGGGCGGCUUCUUCACCUACUUCGUGAUCCUGGCGGAGAACGGCUUCCUGCCCACCACCCUGCUGGGCAUCCGCCUGGACUGGGACGACCGCUCCAAGAACGACCUGGAGGACAGCUACGGCCAGGAGUGGACCUACGAGCAGCGGAAGGUCGUGGAGUUCACCUGCCACACGGCCUUCUUCGCCAGCAUCGUGGUGGUGCAGUGGGCCGACCUGAUCAUCUGCAAGACGCGCAGGAACUCCGUCUUCCAGCAAGGCAUGAAGAACAAGAUCCUGAUCUUCGGCCUGCUCGAGGAAACCGCCCUGGCCGCCUUCCUGUCCUACUGCCCCGGGAUGGGGGUGGCGCUGCGCAUGUACCCGCUGAAGGUCACCUGGUGGUUCUGCGCCUUCCCAUACAGCCUGCUGAUUUUCAUCUACGACGAGGUCAGGAAACUCCUCCUGCGGCGCUACCCAGGCGGCUGGGUGGAGAAGGAGACCUACUACUAGCCAGCGAGCCGAGCCGAGCCGAGCCGAGCCCGGAGCAGCUCUCACCACCUGUAGCCCCCCUGU